AUGGGAUCAGUUUGUGCUAAGAAAAAAGAAGCGAGAAUUAAUUAAGUCAUUUAAGAACAAUCUGCCUCACCUUAUAUGCCUGAUCAAUAAACUUCCUUAUUACUCUAAGAUAAAAAGACUCAACCUUAAAAAUUACUUAAGGUCAAGAUCCCUAAAGUAAUCUAUUUUCAUUAGUUCUUUCUUAGAAAAACAAAAAAGUAAGAGAAACUGUUAAGGCAGUCACACUGAAAAAUGAAGAAGUAUAUAUACAUUUAAAUAUAUCUAUUUAGGGAUAAAAGAUGUUAAAUGAUUACGUUUUCGAUGAAUUUUUAGGUUAAGGUGCUUUUGGUAAAGUCAAAUUGGCAUAUAAGAAAGGAGAUCCCUCUCAAAGAUUUGCUAUUAAAAUACUUAAAAAGAGCAAACUUAAAAGACAAAGGGAAUUUGUUAAAGAUGCUAAUGGAAGUAUAACUACUCAUUCUAUUUUAUUAUAGAUCUUGUUGUUAAAGAUGCAUUAUAAGAUGUUAGAAAGGAAAUUGCAAUAAUGAAAAAAAUAAGACACAAAAACCUUAUUUAACUUUAUGAAGUGAUUGAUAAUCCUACUAGUGAUAAAUUGUUUAUGGGUAAAUUUCUUCAUUUUUAUACUCUAGUUCUUGAAUUUGCAGAAGGAGGUCAACUGAUUGAAUGGGAUGAAGAUGAAGGCAAAUUUUAUAAAUUAAAUGAAGAUGAAGAAUUAACAGAAGAUAUACUUUCUUCACUUUUUAGAGAUUGUAUUAAAGGCUUAGCAUUCUGUAUUUAUUUAUUCAUAUAUAUUAGUACAUAAAAAUAAAAUUGUACAUAGAGAUCUCAAACCAUAAAAUGUAUUAAUGUCAGGUAAAACAGCUAAAAUUGCAGAUUUUGGAGUUUCAUAAGUUGUGGGUUCCAAAAAUGAUGUACUCGAAAAUACAUAAGGAACUUAUUAUUUUAUGCCUCCUGAAGCUUGUGAUAAAGAAACAGCUAAAGAUGGAUAUUCUGGUAGGGCUGCUGAUAUUUGGGCACUUGGUAUUACCUUUUUUGCUUUCACAUACUUAAAUGUCCCUUUUACUGGAAAUAGUAUCCCUGAAAUACUCAAGAAUAUAUCAUAAAAUGAGUACAUCAUUAUUCAAAUAUAUAGAGUGGUUUUCCCUGAAAAUUCUGUUAUUAGUGAUGGACUUAAAGAUUUUAUACAUUUCAUUUUAAAUAAAGAUCCAAAAAAAAGACCAACAAUCAAUGAAAUUGCUAAACAUCCUUGGAUUAAUUAAAGUUCUGCCAACUUAUUAGAUGAAAUGUAUAAUACUAUGAUAUCUCAAUAAUAGGGAUUAAGAAGAAAAAGUUAUGGAAGUCUCAUAAGUUGAUAUUGAUAAUGCAUUUUCUUUAGUUUCAUUGAUGAAAAUUAAAAGUUGGGCAUAAAAAUGGAGAACUGAAUCUAAUCUAAAAAAAGCUGGACCAUAAAAUGGAGUUGAAGAAAUAGAGAUUAAAUGA